GCAGAUGAUAAGCCAACGCCGGUCGAGGAAGACACGACGGACUGCGGGCCGCGCGGAGAGCCGGCCGCCGAGCGUUGCGUGGGAGCACCGCGCUGCGAGCACGCCGCCAAGCCUGCGCCAUCCUCUCUCUGCCUGCCUCGGACGGCUUCAAGAGAUCUGGCAGCCGUGUUCGCGUCGAGCCAUGCUGCAGCUGCGGCUGAGCAGCACACUACAGCCUGGACAUGGGCUCGCGCCUGGCUUAUCGGCCGCGAGCACGCACUUAAGAAGCGACGCCUCGGCCCUGACGAAGCAGCCGGCACCACCGUCUCUUCCUCACCACACCUCCGCACGGCAUGCCUGCUACCACGCUCGCCUGGCGUCCGCUCAACGUUGCCAUCGUCGGCGGCGGCAUCGGUGGCCUCGCCGCCGCCGUCGCACUGCGCCGCGAGGGCCACGCGUGCACCAUCUACGAGCGUCGCUCUGCAGCCGGUGAAGUCGGCGCGUCGCUGUCCUGCGCCGCGAAUGGCGCACGCUGGCUCAAGGCCUGGGACGUCGACACGGCCGCCGGCAAGCCCGUCACGCUCCUCAAGCUCACCAUGCGCGAGUGGCAGAGCGGCGACGUGCGUGCCGAGUACGACCUGAAGGGAUACAAGAGCGAAUGGGGAUGCGAGUACGCGAUGUACCACCGCCAGGACAUGCAUGCGAUGCUCCUGGACGCAGCGACCUCUCCAGACGGCGCUGGUCCGCCCGCCAAGCUUCUGACCGGCUACACGCUCGUCUCCCUCGACGCCGCCGCCGGCUCCGCCAGCUUCGCCAACGGCGAGCACAUCAGCGCCGACAUGAUCAUCGGCAGCGACGGCAUCCCCCCGGCCCUGCGCUCGGCGCUCGGCAUCGUGCCCGACUCGCGCCCGGCGCCGCAGACGUGCUACCGCUGCAAUGUCUCGCGCGAGGAGGUCGAGGCGCUCGGCCUGGCUUGGGCCAACGAUCCCGCCAUCCAAUUCUGGGGUGGCUAUCCGGGCGUGCCUGGCCUCAGCCAGAUCGUCAUGUCGCCGUGCGCAGGCGGCGAGAUCCUCAGCUUCUACUGCUUCAUGCCCACGGAGCAGUCCAACCACCACGAGGAGGGCUUCACGUGGGGCGAGGCAGCCAUCGACGACCUGCUUGCGGGCCAGUACGCCACGCUGGACCCGCGCGUCGUCACUCUGCUGCGCGCGUCCAUCGAGCGCCGCCCCUGGGUGCUCUUCGUGCACCAGCCGUACCCGUUCUGGUCGCAGGGCCGCGCCACGCUGCUCGGCGAUGCGGCGCACCCGAUGAUGCCGCACCAGUCGCAGGGCGCGUGCCAGGCACUUGAGGACGCCGCGGCGCUCGGCCUCAUCUUCUCGCGCAAGCACGCCGAAGCCGGCCUCACGACUGACAUUGUCAAGGGCCUCGCGCUGUACGAGCAGGUGCGCAAGCCUCGCGCCACUAAAGUUCAGGAUGCCAGUGCUCGCGCCCUGGAGGACCUCAACGAGCGCAUCGGCUUCAGCAGCCUGGCGCCCAACGAGCCUGCGGGCCGCAAGGACAAGCUCACGGUUGCCGAGAUGAACCGCUACGACAUGGCGGCCGACAUCGACGAGCGCGUGGCUGCCCUGCUCCAAGCUGCCGCGGCCUGAUGGCAGGCAACGUCAUUUCAUGCGUC